AUGUCCGAGCCAGCGACAACGUCGGGCCAGGCCGAACCUGCCCCUUUGCUUGACGAGCCGCGUCCAAUCAGGCAGCUCUCAGAAUCUGUCGUCAAUCGCAUAGCAGCGGGAGAGGUGGUACAACGCCCCGCCAAUGCAGUGAAGGAGCUUCUCGAGAACGCACUCGACGCAGGCGCGACGACUGUCCGAGUUGAAGUCAAGGAUGGCGGUCUCAAGCGCAUCGUUAUCGUCGAUGACGGUCUGGGCAUACGCCAUGAGGACCUGCCGCUGCUGUGUCAGCGAUUCGCGACAUCAAAGAUCUCAACGUUUGAUGAUCUGUCUAGUCUGAGCUCGUACGGCUUUAGAGGCGAGGCUCUGGCUUCCAUAUCCCACGUCGCGCAUCUCACCGUCGUCACGAAGACGCGCCACGAUCUCGCUGGUUGGAAAGCCAAGUAUGCUGACGGGAUCCUCGUGCCACAUUCAAGCUCGGACACGUCGUCAGAGCCAAAGCGAGCUGCAGCAGUCAACGGAACCCAAUUCAUCAUUGAGGAUCUUUUCUACAACAUACCCACCCGUCUGAGAGCGCUUAAAUCAGCCAGUGACGAGUACGCUCGUAUUCUAGACGUCUUGGGUAAAUAUGCGAUUCAAAAUGCAUCAGUCUCGAUCAGCUGUCGCAAGGUCGGCGCACGAGAAUGGGAUCUCAAUACCGGCCUGCCCGCGUCUGUGUCGAUUCUGUCAGAUGCAACGUCAUCGCAGACUCAACAAGACCUCUCCCAACAAUCAGACGUGAUUGGCGGCAUAUACGGUCAAGCGAUCAAGAAAGAACUCGUCGAGGUUUCGCUCCAAGAAGACACGUUGGCUCUAUCCGCGCACGGAUGGUUUUCAGGACUCAACUUUAGCGCAAAGAAGGCAGUUUACGUCAUCUUCGUCAAUAAUCGCUUGGUUGAGUCGAGGAGCAUUCGCAAGUCGCUCGAAAUCUUCUACGCGCCUCUACUGCCGAAAGGCGGCUUUCCCUUUGUCUACAUAUCCCUCAUGCUCGAUCCAGCGACGAUCGACGUCAAUGUUCAUCCUACGAAAUCCGAGGUCGGCUUCAUGAACGAAGAUGACAUAUCAGAUGCGCUAUGUACAGCGCUCGAAGCGAAGCUCGAAGAAUCCAGGCAAUCACGUGGCUUCAAGGUCAUCUCUGCGCCUCGAAAUAGCGCGAAUACAGACCCGACGCAGCAAGAUGCUCGUCUGCUCUCGCGAAACGUCCCACAGCACCAGAUUCGCACCGAUCAUCAAGCACGAACGCUCACUAGUAUGCUCGUCACGGAUGGACAGGCGCUCGAAAGAUCGCAGCUGCCGACUCAAGCACCCAUUGAAGCCAGAAAGGGCAAAAUCACCGAGUCGGCUUGCAAUUUGACGUCUAUCCAAGAGCUGCGCGCGGAAGUUGGCGACUCUAAACACGCAGGCAAGAUUAAUGUCAAAAAUAUAGGCGAGGAGCUCAUGCAUGCGAUCUUUGCCGAUCAUACCUUCGUGGGCGUGGUCGACUCGGAUCGCGGACUCUCGCUCAUUCAGCACGCCACUAAACUCUACAUCGCGCGACAUGAUGAAUGCUUGGAGGAGCUCUUCUAUCAGUUGGGCUUGCGUCAAUUUGGCCAAAUGGGGCGCAUGCUGCUCGAUCCGCCACCCAAGCUAUCUGAACUCAUACAGAUCGCUGUCGAUCACGAGCCGCAAGUAACAAACGCCCAUCUGUCACCAGACGAGAUUAAGGAACGCGCCACUCGUCGCUGGCUGGAGCGCAGAGACAUGGUCGCUGAGUAUUUCGCGAUCGACCUGGACGAGCUCGAUCGAGUCGUCUCCGUGCCCUUGAUUCUCCCUGGCUAUACGCCACCGCUCGAGAAUUUGCCGCGAUUCUUCCUGCAUGGUGCAGUGCAGAUCGAGUGGACGUCGGAGCGAGGCUGCUUCGCAAGUAUGCUACGCUCGAUCGCUCGGAUGUCACUUCCUCUGCCGCCAGAGCUCGAGACGAUGCCGACGGGCGUCUCAUUACCGCCCGAGACCGCGUACAGAUGGCAGAUCGAACACGUCCUCUUCCCAGCACUCAAGGCAUAUCUCGUUGCGCCAGUGUCGCUGCGGGAUCAGGGCAUAAUUCACGUCGCAUCGCUUUCCAAUCUCUACAAAGUCUUUGAGCGUUGUUGA